CCUUCGAGCAUCGUCCGAGACGCACGCUUCAUAUGUAAGUGAAAUAAAGCCGAGCAUCACCGAGCAAGCGGGCAACAAUGCGACGCAUUUCGGCGUGGGUCCUAUUGGGCCUGGCGCUGUUUACGCUAAGUGCGGCUGGAUUGCACGUGCGGGCAGAAACACCAACCGAGUACGAAUGCAGACCAUACAUCGAGAAAGCCAUCCAGGACCUCAAGUCCGAAUCAGCGGAAGUUGCCGAAGAAAAUGCCAGUAUAGAGAACACGAUCGAUGUGACAAGCCAGGAGGAACAAGACAACACGGCCGCUGAAGAAGUGAGCGUUGAGGAAACGGACACUGCCACGGACGAUGCUUCGGAAGAGAUGACUCCCUCGGAGGAGGUGCAGGAGCAGCUUUUCUCGGACAACGUAGAAACGGAGGACGCUGCCGACUCGGAACCAGCCGACGACGACGCUGUGGAAAAUGCCGAACAGUCGGAAGAAACCGGCACUGAGGAGGAGAACGAGGCCGUCGAUCAGGAUGAAGAUGAGGCUGAAGAGGCCACAGAAGAAUCCACUGCAUCGGAGGAGGCCGAACCAGUAGUGUCUGAAGAAAACGAACAGACGGAAGAUGCUGCUGCCGAAUCCGAGGAGCUGGCCUCUGAGGAAUCUGCCAAUCAAGUGCUGGAAGCUGACGCGGACGAGACUGAUGAAGAUGACGAUGGCGAGGAUGAGGCAGAAGCAUCCGAAGAGGUCACUCAAUCGACGGAGGAAACAGCCACUAGCCAGGAGGAGCAAGCAGACAGCACGGAAGCUGAUGAACAGGAUGAUGAUGAUGAUGAUGAUGAAGAUGAUGAAGAUGAACAAGACGGCGACGCAGUAGAGGCCGUCGAGGAUGAAGAUGUUUCUCAAGAAAAUGAAGAAGACAAAGAAGAAGAAGAUGAAGAUGAUGAACAGGAAAAACAAGUUGAUAGUGAAGAAGACACUGAAGAUGAUGACGAAGAAGAAGAAGAAGGUAAUGGAGAAGAAAAAGACGAUGAGGAUGAUGAUGACGAAGAAGGUAAAGAUGAUGAGGAUGAUGAUGACGAUGAAGAUGAGGAAAGUGCAGUUAAAGGAUCGUACGACGAUCGCGAUCAGCGCGAUGAGGAAAAUGUGUCAGAAGAAGAAAACGACGCCGUGUCUGAGCAAGUUGAUGAGAACAGUGCAGAAGUAGAUGAUGAAACAAUCGAUAGUUCCGAGGAUGUCAGUGAAAACGACGAUGCCAACACGGAAGGAACAGACUCGCAGGAACAGGAAACCACCACUGGUAACAGCGACGAGGAUGAUGAAGCGAUGACUGAGCAAGAUACACCCUUAAGUACUGAGGAAGAGCCCGAAGAACCGGCCAGUGAGGAAGAACAAGACACUGACGGUAGUGAGAAUGUAAGCGAAGAGACUGAAAAUGAGUUAGACUCGAGUGCUCCCACAACAAGCGAGGAGGCUACUGAAGCAGACUCCGAGGUAGAGGAGGAUGAGCAGUCUGCCGAAGCAGCUGCCGAGAGUCAGGAAGAGGAAACACCAAGUGAACCACUGACGGAGACUAGUGAGGAAGAGGAGGAGGAGGAGGAGGAGGCGGAAGAGAGAGAGGCAGCUGCGGAGGACAGCACCGAAGCUGAAGCUGUCAGCGAAGAAACUCCGGAAGUGUCUGAGGAACAAGAGGAACCAAGUGCUGAAGAGGUUUCGGUGAGUGCUGAACAAGCGACGGAGAGUGCUGAACAAGGUGCUGAGGAGUCCGCAGAAGAGGAACCGGUAGCCGAAAGCGAUGAAGUGGCCGUUGCGGAACAGGACUCGACCGAAUCCGUACCAGAAGCGGAAGCGGAAGGCGUUGAACAAGCGUCGCAAGAAACCGAAACUGACUCGAAGGAGGAAUCAUUCCCCGAGGAAGAUUUGCUAUUGGAGUACCAAAUUCCAUCCAAUCUUAGAGAUACUACGCACAUCUACGAACUGCUCAACAUCAACGACGAAGCUUCCGCCAGGGAAAAGGCUCUGCACGAAACGGCGGACGUGAUCCUGCGCGAUCUCAAGCGCAUCUACGACAACUCGAUCAAACCCCUCGAAGCGUUGUACAAGUAUCGCGAUCUCAGCAACCGGCACUUUGGUGAUCCGGAGAUAUUCUCCAAGCCGCUCGUGCUGUUCAUGGGUCCUUGGAGUGGCGGCAAAUCGACCAUUCUGAACUACCUUACCCACAACGAGUACACACCGAACUCGGUGCGAACGGGUGCUGAACCAUCGCCAGCGUACUUUAACAUUUUGAUGCACGGAAACGAGCCGGAGGUGUUGGACGGCACCCAGUUGGCGGCCGAUUGGACUUUUUCGGGAUUGCAAAAGUUUGGACAGGGUCUCCUUGACCGGCUGCGUGGUCAGAAGCUGCCCAACAAGCUGCUAGAACGGGUGAACAUUGUCGAGAUUCCAGGCAUUUUGGAAGUGCGGAAACAGGUGUCCAAAUAUUUCCCCUUCAACGAUGCCUGCCAGUGGUUUAUUGAUCGCGCUGACAUCAUCUUUCUGGUGUACGAUCCUUCCAAGCUAGACGUUGGACCAGAAACCGAAGCCAUCCUGGACCAGCUCAAGGGACGAGAAUAUCAGACACGAAUCCUGCUAAACAAGGCUGAUCAAGUGAAACCUGAAGAGCUGUUGCGAGUCCAGAGUGCCUUGAUCUGGAACAUUUCUCCGUUGAUGUCGUCAGCGCAACCACCGGUGAUGUACACCGUGUCGCUUUGGUCGAAUCCUUUCGAAGUGGGCGCUCCGGUCCGUUUGCUGCAGGCACAGGAGCGAACACUGCUGCUCGAUCUUGGCCAAGCUAUCGAUCGGCGAAUUGAGAACAAAAUCGCGAGUGCGCGUCGCUUUGCGGUUCGCGUCCGCAACCACGCCAAGAUGGUCGACUGCUACCUGACUACUUACUACAACCACAAGACGCUGUUUGGCAACAAAAAGCAGAUUUCCGAGAAAAUCAUUGCCAGCCCCCAGGACUACCACAUCUACGAGGGCCUUUCGACGCUGACCAACAUUUCUCGAUACGAUCUGCCGGAUCCGGAAGUGUACCGCGAUUUCUUCCACCUUAACCCUCUGUACGAGUUUAAGAAGCUGUCGGAAACGUGCACAUACUUCCGCGGUUGUCCGAUUAACAAGCUCGACGUGGCCAUCGCGUACGAGCUGCCCGAGCUUGUCGGCAAGUACAAGAAAGUGGCUGAAGCUGCUCUUGCUAAGCUGGACGUUUUGACGCCAACAUCCGAUUUCAGCAAGGGGAAAUCGAAUAGUUGAGCGAGAAGCGCGCGCUAUCUGUACGAUCGAUAAACUUGCAUUCAAUGCGUAAUGUUAAUGUAGUGUAGUUUCGAUAUACUUGUUUAUGAUUUGUCCUAACGAAUUUUCUACUACUAUCGUCGUAGGUUUCAUGUCCCCGUAAUAUGCCUAAUCGGGGGCAUUGAAACACAGACAUUGUGCUUUUUUCGUUUCCUACUUUUCUCUAAUUCUUGAAGGUUUUUAGGUUGUAUCGAAGCGAACCUAACGAACCGUCACAUCUAGACACGCUUCUGCUGCUGUAACGUGGAUAUGGGGUAUUGAGAACAAGAAAUGCGUCGUCGAUGAGAUAAAGGUUUACUGUUUUCUUAAAAAUAGUUGAUUUUGUUUUGUUAGAAUCUCGUCGACGACACGUGGACGUACACGUAGUAAAACAAAAACGCGAACGUAGAAGAAAAUCUGAUUAAAAAAAAAAAGAAACGUGUGUAUCGAA